AUGAAGCUCACCCACAUCCUCCCCAUCCUCAGCCUCAUCGCACCAAUCGCAUGCAUUAGACAAAGACCCGAGACCUGGCCUCCCGCCAUACCCGGGAAGGAAGAGAAAUACUGGGGUACCAGCAAAUACAUCAGGCCUCCCCCAGGUUGGAAACCGCCAUCAGAGGAAGAAAAGAAAGCUCGAGAGGAAUUCAUCUUGCCCCAUCGAAACGUCGUCGAAGCAAUUGAAGACUUCAUGUUUGAGACGACAACGCCAAGGGCUCAGAAUUGGGAACAGCUUAAUCUUGGGAUGUUGAGGGUGCAUGUUGCUGUGGCGAGAGCGGGGGAUGGAAUUCUUACGCUGGAGGGUCCUUAUUCUAGGGAAUCGUGUUUUGAUCUACUGAAUUAUUUUCCCAAGAUUGCCGAGAAAUGCUGGAAAGCAAUGACGGCUCUCGAUGAUGCGACACUCGCAUGUUCAACCGUCCUCUCCAAAUGGGAAAAAGAGAGACUGGCAGAAAAGAUAAAUGAUCUCAGAUUAAUGUUCACAGUAUAUGACCAUAAUUUCAGCCAGAGAUGCGAGAAUGCAGAAGUUGGGGCUCCGGGUUUACCACUGCCGCUGGUGGAGGAUAUAAGAUGGCAUUUCAAGAAUACUGCGGAGCGGUAUGCGAAUAUUGAUGAGUACUGCAGGUCUAAGGGUUUGAGCUCUUCUGAUGCUGGGGAGUGGUGAGUACCUUACCUCCUACUUACCAUCUGCCAAGGUAGAGGCUUUUCAGCUCGCGAGGGCUGGGACGGGAAGCUGGGAACUGGGGGAUGAUUAACUUUGAGGCCCCCAACCAAGGAGCAGGGAUUGUGCAGCUGGGGUGCAAGGGAGUGGUGAAGUUACAGAUGGAGAGAAGAGAGAUUAUUUGAGAGUGAGUUGGAAUGGGUAAUUGAGAUCAAUUGAAUGAGUUUACUGUCAAAG